UCCGUCACUCUCAUCAUGAAGUCCAUUCCAGGUGUCCAAUUCUAUCGACAUGCCGAAAGAUCAAUCAGGAAGCCGAAUACAUCUUGCGGUCGAAGCUCGAUUCCCUUGCUUCUCAGACUCCUUGCAUGAUCGUGUCAUUUCACCAAAAACACACUGAACCCUCCGUAUUUCUCGCCAAAACGCGUGCUCGUGAGUGCUUUGAAUACAGCCGUUGCGUCAUGAGUAGAUCGAUGUUCGUGCGGAAAUUGAUCGAGUGUAUCCUACAACCAGCGAGCGCUUCAAGAGACAGUUUCUUGUUUGAGGAUCUGUAUAAGGAAAAGUACCAUGAAAAAAUCAUAUUCGCCGAAUUUGAUCCGAUAUCACCAUACGCAUCCGUGAGCUUUAUUUGGCGUACCCGUUCUUAUAAGGAAUGGAAACGAUUAUAUCCUGACCAAAAAGACGUACGGCAGGAAGUUCAUGAUAAGAUCGCCCGAUUCAUCAAGUAUGGUCGCAAACACCAAGAUAAUGUGUUGAAACUCCCGCAAAAGGACUCUCGGACGACUACGAAACACUCUCGGAUGACUACGAAGCUCUCUCGGAUGACUACGAAGCACACCCCUAUCCGUAUCGCGUUCAACUUUCCCUCCGACUUCUGGGCUUUACCAACAUUUCGCCAUCAACUUUUGGACAUCAAAGACUGCACUAUACUGAUGGCUACAGGAGUAAAACGCGAUCUUGAUUUUCUUUAUGUCGGCCCGGAGGUUAGCACAGAGAUGUUCGAAGAAGGGGCAGACUGGGAAGUCACUAGAAACCUCAUCGACCAGAUGAUCAUGACCAGCGUUCGAUCCAAAAGAGUGAAAUUGUUGGAAAAAACGACGUGGUUCGCGGAAUGGGUGGAAGGAAUCAAACUGGCGUGA